AUGUCUCUUUGUGGCACAACAGCCAACGCAAAAAUGAUGGCGGCUUACAAUGGCGGUACGUCUGCGGCAGCAGCAGGUCACCACCACCACCAUCACCACCACCUUCCUCACCUCCCUCCUCCUCACCUCCAUCACCACCACCACCCUCAACAUCACUUGCAUCCAGGCUCUGCAGCUGCGGUACAUCCCGUACAGCAGCAUGCCUCUUCGGCAGCUGCGGCCGCGGCAGCUGCGGCCGCGGCCGCGGCAAUGUUAAACCCAGGGCAGCAGCAGCCAUAUUUCCCAUCACCGGCACCGGGUCAGGCCCCUGGACCAGCUGCAGCAGCCCCAGCUCAGGUACAAGCUGCAGCAGCUGCUGCAGUUAAAGCGCACCAUCAUCAGCACUCACAACAUCCACAACAGCAACUGGAUAUUGAGCCGGACAGACCUAUUGGAUAUGGAGCCUUUGGUGUUGUCUGGUCAGUAACAGAUCCACGAGAUGGAAAGAGAGUUGCACUCAAAAAGAUGCCCAACGUCUUCCAAAAUUUGGUCUCUUGUAAAAGAGUCUUCCGGGAGUUGAAGAUGUUGUGUUUUUUUAAGCAUGACAAUGUACUCUCUGCCCUCGACAUACUCCAGCCUCCACACAUUGACUAUUUUGAAGAAAUAUAUGUUGUCACUGAAUUGAUGCAGAGUGACCUCCAUAAGAUUAUCGUCUCUCCUCAGCCACUCAGCUCGGAUCAUGUCAAAGUUUUUCUUUACCAGAUUUUAAGAGGUCUGAAAUAUCUACAUUCUGCUGGCAUUUUACAUCGAGACAUUAAACCAGGGAACCUACUUGUGAACAGCAACUGUGUUCUUAAGAUUUGUGAUUUUGGAUUGGCCAGGGUGGAAGAAUUAGAUGAAUCUCGUCACAUGACUCAGGAAGUUGUCACUCAGUAUUAUCGAGCUCCAGAAAUCCUGAUGGGCAGCCGUCACUACAGCAAUGCUAUUGACAUCUGGUCUGUAGGCUGUAUCUUUGCAGAAUUACUUGGGCGAAGAAUAUUGUUUCAGGCACAGAGUCCCAUACAGCAGCUGGAUUUGAUCACAGACCUGUUGGGAACACCGUCGCUGGAAGCAAUGAGGACGGCUUGUGAAGGCGCCAAGGCACACAUACUCAGGGGUCCUCAUAAACAGCCAUCCCUUCCUGUCCUAUAUACACUUUCCAGUCAAGCUACACAUGAAGCAGUUCAUCUCCUUUGCAGAAUGUUGGUCUUUGAUCCAUCCAAAAGAAUAUCCGCUAAGGAUGCCUUAGCUCACCCAUAUCUCGAUGAAGGGCGGUUGCGAUACCACACUUGUAUGUGUAAAUGUUGUUUUUCCACAUCUACUGGCAGAGUUUAUACUAGUGAUUUUGAACCCAUCACGAAUCCCAAAUUUGAUGACACUUUUGAAAAGAACCUCAGUUCUGUUCGGCAGGUUAAAGAAAUAAUUCAUCAGUUCAUUUUGGAACAGCAGAAAGGAAACAGAGUGCCUCUCUGCAUCAACCCUCAGUCUGCUGCUUUUAAGAGCUUUAUUAGUUCCACGGUUGCUCAACCAUCUGAGAUGCCGCCAUCUCCACUGGUUUGGGAAUAA